CUCAUAUAUUUUCAGCCUCCUUCAAGAGUUUGUCCAAUCAGACCUGUCAAAUUUAGUAUCCAGUCUCGGUAGCCUGGGCAUCCAAUGAAAAUCCAAUAUCCUUCCACGUUGCUUGCUUCCCCGGACGGAUACCGCGAGAGUAGGCUAGGCCGCAGUUCGUCUGUAUUGCGGUGAGUGCAACUGUACGAGCGGCGCCUUCUCGCCAAUUCAUUCAGCUCCAGCAACCCAUAAAACAGAGGACAGGAGGCGGUCUGCGCUUUUACAUUGAACGGAGGACGACCACCUCUUUCUACGGUUCUGCAAGCUUCCCUUUUAAAUUGCGACACAUACUAGCUCUGACACCUGCCCGUAGGACAUUGAAACUUUGGCAAAGAGCUGCAUCACGCCACUGACCACCCAGAGACUCAUAAAAGCAGAGAGAACUACAGAGAAGUAGCUUCCAGCUCUCACCCCUUUUGCACGGCCACUGAAGAAGAGCCACAGAGUGCGCCAAUACUACACAACGGACAACAAAGGGAAAACAGGUGGAGCCGGAGCUCGGCAGCCCCGGCAGAAGCUCUUCACCAUGGACGUGGAUGAAGAGGAGAACAUGAGUUCGAGCAGCACCGACGUAAAGGAAAACCGUAACCUGGACAACGUCUCCUCCAAAGAGGGGGAGGCUGUAGCUGAGCAGCUCCCCAACGGCAGUGGCGGGGGCAGCAGGAAGCGCCCCUUAGAGGAGGGAAACAAUGGCCACACGCACUCCAAGUUCCGGGCCAAGAAGCGUAAGAAAACGCCAGGCCCGGUUCUACCCAAGAAUGCCCUUAUGCAGCUGAAUGAAAUUAAGCCGGGGCUGCUGUAUAAGCUGCUAUCUCAAACGGGUCCAGUCCACGCUCCCGUGUUUGUCAUGACCGUCGAGGUCAAUGGGCAGCUGUUCGAGGGCUCAGGUCCCACCAAGAAGAAGGCCAAGCUGAAUGCAGCAGAGAAGGCACUGCGCUCCUUUGUCCAGUUCCCCAACGCCUCCGAAGCACACCUGGCUAUGGGCCGGACACUGACAGUCAAUACAGACUUCACAUCCGACCAGGCCGACUUCCCAGACAUGCUCUUCAACGGGUUUGAGACGCCCGCACCGCCCGAGGACUCCUUUUACCUGGGCUCCAAUGGCAGCGGUUGCUUAAACUCGCUGGGAGAGUACUCCAUGCCUUCCACCCCAGGUGCUAACUUAGCCCAGGCCCUGUUGCCCCCUCCCUCAUCCUUCACCUCGCCCUCGAGCGGCAAGAACCCUGUCAUGAUCCUCAAUGAGCUAAGGCCGGGCCUCAAGUAUGACUUUUUGUCCGAGAGCGGCGAGAGCCAUGCAAAGAACUUUGUCAUGCAGGUAUCGGUGGACUCACAGCAGUUCGAGGGCUCUGGACGAAACAAGAAGCUGGCCAAGGCCCGGGCCGCCCAGGCAGCCCUCUCAGCCCUCUUCAACAUGCAGCUGGACCAGACGCCCUCCCGACAACCCAUCCCCAGAGAGGGACUGCAGCUCCACCUACCCCAGGUCCUCGCCGACGCGGUCUCUCGCCUGGUUGUGGACAAGUUCAGCGAGCUGACGGACAACUUCACCUCCCCCCACGCGCGGCGGAAAGUCCUGGCAGGGGUCGUCAUGACAACAGGCACGGACGUGAAAGAGGCCCAGGUGAUCUGUGUCUCCACGGGCACCAAGUGCAUCAACGGCGAGUACAUGAGUGACCGCGGCUUGGCGCUCAACGACUGCCAUGCAGAGAUUAUCGCCCGCCGCUCGCUCAUCCGGUACCUCUACGCCCAGCUGGAGCACUUCCUAAGCAGCAACAAGGAGGAGCAGCAGAAGUCCAUAUUCACGCGCUGUGACAAGCGUGGCUACCGGCUAAGGGACAACGUUCUGUUCCACCUCUACAUCAGCACCUCGCCCUGUGGAGACGCACGCAUCUUCUCACCGCACGAGGCCGGCAUGGAAGACCAAGGAGACCGACACCCUAACCGGAAGGCGCGGGGCCAGCUGAGGACUAAAAUAGAGUCUGGGGAGGGGACCAUUCCCGUGAGGACCAGCAACACCAUCCAGACAUGGGACGGGGUGCUGCAGGGAGAAAGGCUGCUGACCAUGUCCUGCAGUGACAAGAUCGCAAGAUGGAACGUGGUGGGCAUCCAGGGCUCUCUGAUGAGCUACUUCACGGAGCCCAUCUACUUCUCCAGCAUCAUCCUGGGCAGCCUGUACCACGCCGACCACCUCUCCCGGGCUAUGUACCAGCGCAUAGCCGACAUCGAGGACCUGCCCCAACAGUUCAGCCUCAACAGGCCUCUACUGAGCGGCAUCAGCAACGCGGAGGCGAGGCAGCCGGGCAAGGCACCCAAUUUCAGCGUGAACUGGGCGGUGGGCGACCUGGCGCUGGAGGUCAUCAAUGCUACCACGGGCAAAGACGACAUGGGGCGCGCCUCGCGCCUCUGCAAGCACGCCCUCUACAGCCGCUGGGUUCGCCUGCAUUCCAAGCUGUCAUCCACACUGAGGAUCAAGGUGUCCAAGCCCAGCUCAUACCACGACGCCAAGCAGGCGGCGGUGGAGUACCACAACGCCAAGCAGACUCUCAUCAAGGUCUUCCACAAGUCGGGCCUGGGGGCCUGGGUGAAGAAGCCCAUCGAGCAGGACCAGUUCUCCCUCAACUCCUGAUUAGGGGGUUAGGGGAACCUCAUAACCCAACCCACUGCACCCCAACCACCUCUCGAGGCCUGAGAAAAGAGGCUCUUCAAAAUUACCAGCCACUGAGACUUUGUGUCUGUGUGCGUGUGUGUGUGUCUGCGUGCGUGUGUACCUCGUGCAUGCGUGUGUGUAUGUCAGUCUUGAGUGUUUGUGAGAAAUAACGCAUGUGGUUCUGGCCACCUCCCUCCGUCCCAAUCACUCUGCUCUCGUUCCUCAUGGCUGUGAUGUCAUCACUCUGUAAAACGUUCUUUUUUUUUUUUUUUAUCGAUGGUACUCAAUGUUCAAUCUGCCCUUCUAAUCACGAAGUCUUGCCAUUUUUAACUGGAAUCGUUUUUAGUCUUUGUUGUUUUAUUUGCAAGACUUUACAUGAAGUUGUCCAAACACCAUGUAGUUACUAUAUACUUAUUUCUGUAACCAGAAUGUAGAAUGUACAACGAUUCUAUUUCUACUAUACAGUUAAAUGUAAUUACACUAGUAUAAACCCAAAUGCCAUGUGACUUUUUAACCUAUUGUAGAAUUUAAUCUUUUUAAUGUCUUAUUUCAUUACAAUAUAGACCCUUUAUUAUAAGCACGUAUGAUAUUAUGCUAAAUGCAAAUCCAAAAUGUUGGUUACAGUCAUUCAAUCAUUAUUCAUUUGAAAUCUCUCCUUUUGGUCCCGUUACAUCUUAUUUAUUUAUUUGUUGGCAUUUUUGGUCAUUCAAUUACAUUCCCAUUCCGUACUUGAACAUUGGGCCCUGGCGGAGGCUGUCAACGAUUCCCCUCGAGUCCUUUGACCUUGGGGGGGUUGAGGAGAGUUGUGGAUGUGCUGCACGUUUUGUCUUGUUGAAGUAAGCCAUGGCUUUGCAUGGGAAUGGUGUCAGAGUUCGGCGAGUUGAUUCGGUAGAGAACCAACAGGGAUCUGCUCGAGUGAUUUUCUUUUCCCCCCCUGCACAUGGAGCUUUGAAUCAUGUUUCUCUCUUUAAUGUGUUUGUUUUGUUUCCUGGAGGGGGCUUGUUUUUUUUAGUAUUGCAACUUUGGACUUUUUUGUGUUUGAGAGAUGGAUUAUACUGCAACUGAAUAAUGACAGGAAUUCAGUAUUUCUAUCAAUGACGCUGCAUAGGGGCUACAUUACACCUCCUUAAUAAGCAUGAUCCUCAUGGACAUUAUGCAUCCAUGCCCUGGGCAUUUAUAAAUGCUUAUGUCAACAACCUCGGAUCGAUAGGUCAUGGUCAUGCCACACAAUACAAGUCUGGUGACAUAACACAUUUUAUGUCAAUCUGGGGUUGUUAUGAAGGUGUAAAGUAGGCCAUGUGUCAUGUAAUUCAUAGAGAGCUGGGAAAUGCAUGUCUCCAAGAGCUUAUGUCGUCAUUUAAACAACUCUUGUAAGCAACACGAUUGUUGAUUGCUCAUUGUGUGAGUAAACUUCCAAGGGAACACAAAGAAACGCAUGAGAGAUUUUACAAAGUUGAGUUUGGUACCACCCACUCAAUGACCAAUCCGUGUUUUCUCAAUCCAAGUCCUAUUGGUCCGAUUCCCUGGGUGUUCUGUAAGCCCUCUUCCCCACCCUCUCCCAUGUGUUCAUCUUUUCUAUUUCAACUAUUUCUACAACAUGAUAAACUCUGGAUGCCAGUAAUGACAACUUUCUAAUGUAUUACCUGUGUGCUCUCCCUUAUAGGCUGGUCAUAUACCUCUAAUAUCAGCAUUGUACAUGGCCAAUGACAAACCACAAUGUAAACGGACACACUGCAAAGGAAUGAUUAUUAUGAGGUAUUCUUUAAGUUGGUGUAUUUUUAUAUCUGAUAUAUUUGGUUCAAAACAGCAGGGGAAGAUGCUUGGAGUCCCAGCAGUGUGUGUGUUGUAUGUACACUACAUGGCCAAAAGUAUGUGGACAACUGCUCAGCGAACAUCUCAUUUCAAAAUCAUGGGCAUUAAUAUGGAGUUGGUCCCCCCUUUGCUGCUAUAACAGCCUCCACUCUUUUGGGAAGGCUUUCAACUAGAUGUUGGAACAUUGCUGCAUUCAGCCACAAGAGCAUUAGUGAGGUUGGGCACUGAUGUUGGGCGAUUAGGCCUGGCUCGCAGUCGGCAUUCCAAUUCAGCCCAAAGGUGUUUGAUGAGGUUGAGGUCAAGGAUCUGUGCAGGCCGGUCAAGUUCUUCCAUACCGAUCUCUACAAACCAUUUCUGUAUGAACCUCGCUUUGUGCAUGGGGGUAUUGUGAUGCUGAAAAAGGAAAGGUCCUUCCCCAAACUGUUGCCACAAAGUUGGAAACACAGACUCGUCUAUAUUGUCAUUGUAUGCUGUAGCGUUAAGAUUGCCCUUCACUGAAAGUCCGGAACUAAGGGACCUAGCUUGAACCAUGAAAAACAGCCCCAGACCAUUAUUCCUCCUCCAUCAAACUUUACAGUUGGCACUAUGCAUUGGGGCAGGUAGCGUACUCCUGGCAUCCACCAUACCCAGAUUUGUUCAUUGGACUGGCAGAUGGUGAAUCGUGAUUCAUCACUCCAGAGAACGAGUUUCCACUGCUCCAGUCCAAUGGCGGCGAGCGUUACUCCACUCCAUCUUACGCUUGGUGUUGCGCAUGGUGAUGUUAGUCUUGUAUGCGGCUGCUCGGCCAUGGAAACCCCCCAACAAAGUUAUUGUGUUGACGUUGCUACUCGGGGCAGUUUGGAACGUGGUAGUGAGUGUUGUAACCGAGGACAGUCCCGUUCUGUGAGCUUGUGUUCGCAGUUGUUGUUGCUCAGAUAUUCCCACUUCACAAUGACAGCACUUACAGUUGACCGGGGAAGCUCUAGCAGGGAAGAAAUUUGACGUACUGACAUGUUUGAAAGGUGGCAUGCUAUGACGGUGCCACGUUGAAAGUCACUGAGCUCUUGAGUAAGGCCCUUCUACUGUCAAUGAUUUUGUCUAUUGAGAAUGCAUGGCUGUGUGUUCGAUUUUAUACGCCUGUAAGGAACUGGUUUGGCUGAAAUAGCCCGAAUCCACUAAUUUGAAGUGAUGUUCACAUACUUUUGUGUGUAUAUAGUGGAUGUCUAGAGUAAGGAGAUUGUGUGACACUGCUCGAUAAAUGUCAUAAAUGAGAUUGCUGUUGAAUCUGCACCAAAGAUGAUGUCCUUGUGUGUUUUUCUCACACAUGUCUUUGAGCAACAACAAAGGAAAAGGGGGAAACAUUUUUUUAAACGUGUUUCGCACACACCAAUUGCUGGGUAUAAUAUUGCAAUGUUUUUGUACUUUCAUUUUAUCAAUGUAUUUUUUUUAUUUGUAUAAAAUGAUGGGUUGUAUUCUGUUGUAUUCCAGCUUUGUUGUGGAAUCUUUCUUGUCGGGCUCUUUUGGUAUUUCUGUAGCUGUCGAUUAUCAAGGUGUUAUUAUUGUGAACCUCUGUUCUAUUGCUAUGGAAAUGAUGCGAUAUACUGGUUAAAAAUGUGAUGCCUGUGCAACUCUUCUUCCUUCACUGUCUAGUUCUUGUUCUCCCUCCAUGAAACUGCUGGGAUGUAUUUGAUUUGUUUUUAGUUUUUCAUUUGAACUCUUAAAGGUCCAAUGCAGCCUUCUUUUUUUUUUAUCUCAAAAUCAAAUAAUUUCUGGGUAACAAUUUAAGUACCUUUUUGUGGUUAUUUUUCAACCACCAGCUAGUUUUCAAAAAAAUAAACAAAAAUAGAGUAUUAGCAAAGAGUUUUUUUUAAGCAAGAAUCUUGCUAGGACUGUCUGGGAGUGGUCUGAGUGGUGCGGGGAAAACUCACUGUUAUUGGCAGAGAGGUUUGGAACUCUUAUUGGUCUAUUAACUAACUUGCCGCCCGUUGACAUCACCAGGCAGGCCAAAACUCCAUCGCACCAAAACGGGCAGAAAUUGUAGGCAGUCUUUUGAAUUAAUUUAAUUAAUUAAACCGCUCUAAUACUUAAAGGGCAUUAUCAGCAUUUUCACAAUUUCACAGUAUUAUUCCAACCUCAGUGUGGAAAUAUAUAUAUAAAACACAGAAAAUCUUGUUUUUGACUAUACUGGGCCUUUAAAAAAAAGCUAGUUCCUGUUCCUUCACUGCAGCGGCCAGAGAUGUGCUACUAAUUGUUGAGCAAAUGUCCUGUGUCGCUGUGUCCUUGUGAUACACGUAUGUUUUGAAUUGUCUCUGAAAGGCCUCUUUACCUCAUACCUCUGCAGUCACAUUGUGACACCCCCCCCCCCCUGAAAAGAUCCAGGUCAUGAGCAAUAUGUCCCCCAACACCCCUUUAAUGAGGCCCCAGGAGGAACGGGACCAGAAAGAAUGGUUCCCCUCCCCCUCUGUUCCCCCCUUCGUCGUGCUCUCUUUUAAAACUGACUGUUUGAAACUUCUUCUUUUUUAAAGCCUGCCUGCUUCUCCAUAGUAUGGUUCUUAUUUUUUGGACUGCACUAAAGAUGUCAAUUGAUGAUGUCAUGACACAAACCGUCCCCCAAAAUGGACAGGUCGGAACUAUUUGCAAGAAACUGAACUGCUUCCCUAUGACCGAGUGUUCCCAGCGGUCUAUAAUCCCCGUUCGGUCGGCCGUCCUAACCGCCUUGUGAUUAUUUGGUGACUGUUCAGUGGUCCCGGUGUGGUCCACUCGGGGUGGUCAGAGGACUCCUCUACUCUCCUCUCACCCCACAUCCGCUGUGCAAUCUCCACCUGGACCACCAUCUUGCAUGUGCUCCCACACUGAAGCUGCACCUAAAGCAUGAAGACAUACUUUUAAAGUACUCUUAUGUAGAAAAAAAAACUGAUAAAUAGAUAUAUAAAAUGAAGGAAAAUAAUAAUAAAGGAGACCUUAGUUUA